UUAUACUUUGAUCAAAAAAUUUGUAUAAAACGUAAUGCAGUUUUCUAUAAAGGGUGGUAAAUCUUGUGAAAAUGAAACCAAUCUAUUUAAUUUUGAUUCCUUAUUGACAUUUAAUAUUAGUUUACAUAAUAAACUUCGUACCUGUACGGUUUUAUGCAUGAGAAUUGUAUGA